AUGUUGAAACGGUUCCUCUAUUCGUUGCUAGUGGUACAAUUACUAUUUUUAACAGUGCUGGGAGCUGAUGAUUACUACAAGAUUUUGGGUAUAAACAAAAAUUACAAAUAUGAAAAAGAAAUUAAAUCUGCUUACCGUAAGUUAUCCAAGAAAUACCAUCCUGACAAGAAUAAGAACGAUAAGGAUGCUCAACAGAAUUUUAUUAAGGUAGGCGAAGCCUAUGAUGUGUUGGGUGAUCCAGAUAAAAAGAGACAAUACGAUCAAAUGGGCCAUGAUGCCUUUGUUAACAAUGCUCAACAUGGCGGUCCAGAAGGUGGUCCAGGAGGCCAGCCCUUCCAUGAUCCAUUUGAUAUGUUUGAAAAAAUGUUUCAUGGAGGAGGUCCAGGAGGAGGAAACCCAUUCGGCGGCAAUCCAUUUGGCGGUGGCGGUGGCCAAAGAAGAGGCCCAUCUUUGAAAGUGGAACAACAAUUAUCUUUGAAACAAUACUACCAAGGGUUUGACUUCCAAUUUGCCUUAAAUUUACACGAUGAUUGUGAUCAUUGUCAUGGGACAGGUUCUGAAGAUGGUAAGACAAAAGUUUGUCCUGAUUGUAAAGGUAGCGGUAUUAUUAUCCAAAUCAUCAGAAUGGGGAUGAUGACUCAACAGAUUCAACAACCAUGUGGCAGAUGCCGUGGUCAAGGCCAUCUAAUCAAGAAUUUCUGUAAAGUCUGUAAUGGUGCUAAAGUUCAACAGAAAUUAAAAGAUUUUAAAGUGUAUGUGCCUCCAGGUUCUCCAAGAAAUCAUGUAGAGGUUAAAGCUGGUCAAGCUGAAAAAAAUCCAAACUACGAGCCCGGUGAUGUUAUAAUUGAAUUCAACGAAUUGCCAUUGGAUAAUUUAGGUUAUAGAAGACGUGGUAAUAAUCUUUUCAGAACAGAAUACAUAUCAUUAAAUGAAGCAUUAUAUGGUAAUUGGGAAAGAACUUUGGAUUUCUUGGAUCCUAAAAAACGUAUCAACCUGAAACGAUCUCCAAAUGUCACCAUUUAUGAUGGUGAAAUAGAAAUAUUGAAAGGGUUUGGUAUGCCAAUUCCAAACAAAAAGAAUAAAUUCGGUGAUUUAUACAUUGAUUAUAAAGUCAUCAUACCAAAAGGUUCUCAUCAUUUGAAUGAUGAGUUGUAA